GCAAAAUACAUCUUCCCGUUAUCGUUUUUUACAUGAUGAUGUACCUGACCAACCAGGGCCUGCUGGAAAUGGUGUUCUUCCCCGGGUCUAUCCUGACACACGCGCAGCAGUACAGCUGGAGCAACACGACACGUUGUCUGGGCACUCUCAUCUCCAGAAGCGCUCACAAGUUCUUCCUCAUACCCAACGCAUGGAUAUAUAACGGGCUGGCUCUGGUGAUACUCGUCAUAGUGGGUACUGAAGCAUCCUACCAUUACCUCCCCUCUGAGUACAUCAUCUUCUCACUGUUAUUCCUUCAAGGACUUCUAGAGGGUGCUGCCUUCAGGACUACUGUCUUCAGGAUCCAAAACAAGACAACUGAGAAAGAACAAGAGUUUUGUCUUGGUGUCUUUCCUGUGUCCCUGUUCCUACCUGCAGUGCUUGCUGGCCUUGCAUCGCUCCCCACACACGACUAUCUGUGUGAAAAUCACUUAUAUGCUCAAUAGAUACCAGUUCAAAAGAAAAGUAAAACUUGGGAGAAGAAAGAAUGUAUUUGUUCUUUCCUACUGAUUUUUAUCUAAAUCCUUUAAACAAAAAGAGAAGGAAAUAUAUGAACAUACUGUAAGAGGUAAUUUAGAGUGCCUUAAUGAAAUCAUUUGUGUUUCAAGGUCCAUUUGUGUUAGGUUAAAAUUGAUAUAGCAUAUUGAUAGUCAUAUUAUAACAGAUGUAUAAAUUACUAACAUAAGUCUAUGUUCCCAUUGCCAUCUAUUGUAUCUUUGUAAAUUAGGAAUAUAACUGUGAUUCUGUAAAUAGUUUUUUAAAGCAAACUUGUCUAUCAUUCUUGCUGAAGAUAUAACUUAUUACAGAAAUUUAAUCUUUUCAUAUAUCUAUUCAAAACAAAAUGUUAUCUCUUCAUGCAUUUUCACAGAACGAGCUAUAUUACCAUCACACCCCUUUAUUAACAUUAUUCAGCAUUUAGCACUUCUAAUGAUUUAAUACUGAAUAUAGUAUAGUUUUAAAAUUCAUAAACACUUGUACAAAAUGUCAAAGUACAAAUCAUUAUUUUUUUCUUAAAAAGUUAAAAUACUAUUUUAAUUGGAUUACAAUGUUGUAAAAAGAAACUGUUGUGACCUCAUGAAGAUGUGAUACUUAAUGUCUAAUGCAUUUUGUUUUUUAGCGAGAUAUCUAUAUGAAUGUUCUUUUUAUUUCAAGUCUGGACAGACUAUAAAUUUAAAUACAUAAUAAGAAUAAAAGUUACUUUAUUAAA